AUGGUUUUGUCGAAACGGUGGCAGUUUCUUUUGAUGUUAGUGCCAAAGCUUGUGUAUGAUGAUAGCUAUCUAAAUGUUGAGUAUGGAAGAUUUGCGCGGUUUGUAGACAGGUCAUUGACUCUACACGAGGCACCAGUUCUAGAUACUUUGCAUUUAAUACUCGGUAAAACCACCUGUGGUACUGGAGACAUUCGAGUGUGGCUUAAAACAGCAGAUAAGCGUUGUUUGCGCAAGCUGAUCAUUAAGAUUAAUAGUGAUAAGUCUUCAGUGGUACUGCCGAUGAGCUUGUAUACCUGUUGUAGAAUGCUUGUUACUUUGAAGCUAAAGAACGCGGUUCUUGUGGAUGUUACAUCCUCGUUUUCGUUUCCGUCCCUCAAGAAGUUGAGUCUAGUAACCAUGAAGUAUCCAGAUGACAAUGUGUUUAUUUUCAAUGUUAGAGUGCCGUCUCUCAAGUGUUUAGUCUUGCACAAUAAAGAAGGUACCGGUGUAGAUGGUGGGUUUGUGAUAGAUACUCCUUCUUUGGAGUGCUUGGACAUUUUUGAUAAUAGGGGUGAGUUUUGUGUUAUUGAGAAUAAUAUGACUAAUAUUGUGAAGGCAAAUGUUUGCUUUGUGUUGAGAAUCACAGACCCCGAUUCACCUCUAUAG